CCCGGCUUCAAACCAUUGCACUCUUCCCAUCACACAUCACACAGGUCAAGAUGUGGUCGCUACGGCAGUGCUUGAGUCUGCUGCUGCUCGUCAGCCAGGCCCAGGCACUCUACUUCUACAUUGACGGCGUGACGAAGAAAUGCUUCUUUGAGGACUUGCCCAAGGAUACGCUGGUUGUUGGACACUACAAAGCGAGUCUGUGGAAUGAGCAAGCGCGCACAUAUGUCGAGAACAACGACAUGACCAUGCUCAUCCUCGUCGACGAAGAAUUCGACAACGGCCACCAAGUCGUCUCCCAGCGCGGCGCCAGCAGCGGCAAAUUCACCUUCUCCGCCGCCGACUCGGGCGAGCACCAAAUCUGCUUCGUCCCCUCCGGCGUGCCCUCAACGAAAGGCUUCCUCUUCUCGGGCGCGCAAGUGGGCGGCGUGAAAUUCGAGCUCGACCUCGUUAUCGGCGAGACGUCGCAGAUUGAGAGCAGCGACAAGGACAAGAUCGGCGAGGUGGUGCAGAAGGUGAAGGACUUGAACGCGCGGCUGCAGGAUGUGCGGCGCGAGCAGAUUUUCCAGCGCGAGCGGGAGAUGGAGUUUCGGGAUCAGAGCGAGCUGGUGAAUUCCCGCGUGGUGCGCUGGACGGUGAUUCAGAUGAUUAUUUUGGCGGCGACGUGUGCGUGGCAGUUGAGUUAUUUGCGGGCGUUUUUCAUUAAGCAGAAGCUCACGUAGGUUGGGGGUAUACACUGUACGAUCACUCAAGAGCCUGGUCGCUUCUUGAGACAUUUCUGUG